AUGGAAAACGAGACAGUAAGCGAACUGAACCAAACACAACUUCAGCCGCGAGCAAUAGUGGCCCUAGAAUACCAAGUGGUCACUAUCUUACUUGUGCUCAUUAUUUGUGGUCUUGGCAUCGUGGGCAACAUCAUGGUGGUCCUGGUGGUCAUGAGAACCAAGCACAUGAGGACCCCCACGAACUGCUACCUGGUGAGUCUGGCAGUAGCUGAUCUCAUGGUCCUGGUGGCCGCAGGCCUCCCCAACAUAACAGACAGUGUCUACGGCUCCUGGGUUUAUGGCUAUGUUGGAUGCCUCUGCAUUACUUACCUGCAGUACUUGGGCAUUAAUGCAUCCUCUUGCUCAAUAACAGCCUUUACCAUUGAGAGGUACAUAGCGAUCUGCCAUCCCAUCAAAGCCCAGUUUCUCUGCACAUUUUCCAGAGCCAAAAAGAUCAUCAUCUUUGUCUGGGCUUUCACAUCCAUUUACUGUAUGCUCUGGUUCUUCUUGCUGGAUCUCAAUAUCCUCACCUACAAAGAUGCUACUGUGGUGUACUGUGGCUACAAGGUCUCCAGGAAUUACUACUCACCUAUUUACCUAAUGGACUUUGGUGUCUUUUAUGUCAUGCCAAUGAUCCUAGCCACUGUCCUCUAUGGACUCAUAGCUAGAAUCCUCUUCUUGAAUCCCAUUCCUUCAGAUCCUAAAGAAAACUCUAAGACAUGGAAGCAUGACUCAACCAAUCACAAUAAGAACUUGAAUUCAAAGACCUCUAAUAGAUGUUUCAACAGUACAGUAUCUUCAAGGAAACAGGUCACCAAGAUGCUGGCAGUGGUUGUAAUUCUGUUUGCCCUUUUAUGGAUGCCCUACAGGACCCUUGUGGUUGUCAACUCAUUUCUCUCCAGCCCUUUCCAAGAAAAUUGGUUCUUGCUCUUUUGCAGAAUUUGCAUUUAUCUCAACAGUGCCAUCAACCCAGUCAUUUACAACCUCAUGUCCCAGAAAUUCCGUGCAGCCUUCAGAAAGCUCUGCAACUGCAAACAGAAGCCAGCAGAGAAACCUGUUAACUACAGUGUGGCCCUGAAUUACAGCGUCAUCAAAGAGUCGGAUCAUUUCAGCACAGAGCUUGAAGAUAUCACUGUCACUGAUACUUAUUUGUCUGCCACGAAAGUAGCUUUUGAUGACACCUGCUUGGCUUCUGAGCCAUCUACAGUAAAUAGCCACAAAAACCAAGAUUUGGCUGAGCAAAUGUAAGUUUUUGAAGUAAUGCACAUGAAGAAACCUUUCAGAACUCUGUACUGAUAAAUAUUUUUUCUCUCCUUCCCACCUCCGCCAUCAAACUUUCAUUACAAGCAUUGCUUUCCUCAGAGCAUGAAGAUUCAUCAAACUUCAUUCAAGACUAAAACUGGACAUGAAAUAUCUUAAAUAAAAGUGUAAACAUGCAUUCUGAUCUGUUUAUGUACAAGGAAAUAUGUUGUUGUUCUGAAAACCUUUUUGUUUCCAUAAAAUCACUAGUAUGACUUUUAAUGCAAAGAUUAUUUGCAUGUGGUGAUUUCUA